AUGGCCAUCAGCCCUGCUGAGAGGCUGUCUCGGGAAGAGUGGUGCCUGUUAGCUGCUCACGGCUACUUUGAGAUCCUCCUGCAACAUAGGGUGAUCCUGGCAGUCCCAAAAGCUGAGAUAUUUAGUGCUGAAGGCACUGAGUUUCUUCUCUCUGUUUUCCUUGCAGGUGUGCUACUAGACAUCCAGCAGCACUUUGGAGUCAAAGACAGUGGGGCUGGCUUAUUACAGACAGUUUUCAUCUGUAGUUUCAUGGUUGCGGCGCCUAUCUUUGGUUAUCUCGGUGACCGUUUCAACAGAAAGAUCAUUCUCAGCUGUGGGAUCUUCUUUUGGUCAGCUGUUACUUUUUCAAGUUCCUUCAUCACUGGACAGUAUUUCUGGCUUCUUGUGCUCUCACGAGGUUUGGUCGGCAUCGGUGAAGCAAGUUAUUCCACUAUUGCACCAACCAUCAUAGGAGACCUUUUCACCAAAAACACGAGGACCCUUAUGCUCUCUGUUUUCUACUUUGCAAUUCCUCUUGGCAGUGGCUUGGGGUACAUCACUGGGUCAAGUGUGAAGCAGGUUGCUGGAGACUGGCACUGGGCGUUGCGGGUAUCUCCACUCCUGGGAAUGAUAACAGGGACACUCAUCUUGAUAUUUGUACCUGCUGCUAAAAGAGGAAAUGUCGAACAACUCGGGGGACAGCUGAAGGCUCGGACCUCAUGGCUAAGGGACAUGAAAGCUCUGAUUAGAAACCGCAGCUACGUGUUCUCAUCAUUGGCCACCUCAGCUGUCUCCUUUGCCACAGGGGCACUUGGCAUGUGGAUCCCUCUCUACCUUCACAGAGCACAGGUUGUGCAGAAGACAGCAGAGACCUGUGGCUCACAGCCCUGCAGCACCAAAGAUAGCUUGAUCUUUGGAGCAAUCACAUGCUUCACUGGUUUCCUGGGUGUAAUCACAGGGGCUGGGGCAACCAAAUGGUGCCGGUUAAAAACCCAGCGAGCCGAUCCUCUUGUCUGUGCUGUUGGCAUGCUAGGAUCAGCCAUCUUCAUCUGUCUGAUCUUCGUUGCUGCCAAGAGCAGCAUUGUGGGAGCCUAUAUUUGCAUUUUUAUCGGAGAAACUCUUCUGUUUUCAAACUGGGCUAUCACAGCAGACAUACUAAUGUAUGUGGUCAUUCCAACACGCCGUGCAACCGCAGUGGCCUUGCAGAGUUUCACUUCACACCUCCUGGGAGAUGCUGGCAGUCCUUAUCUGAUUGGAUUU